AACCUCAUUCAUGUGUCUUGUUUUUGUUUUUAAAAUAAAGAAAAAGUGCUUUUAUCAGUGUUUAUAGUGAAUGAAGUUAAUAAAUAUUAGUGCAGACUGGAAUUUUAAUCGUCUCGGAUGAAAUACCACAAUCCCAGUUUGUAUUGCACCCAUCAGAUUGUCCAGAAAAGUGGAUGAUAUGAGGCUGCUGAAGAGCUCCACAGAGUCAGGUUUGGAAGUACUUUCUCGAUGGUACAGCACAAAGAAGUACGGGAUAUUUGACGUGGGACUCGGGAAGCAUCUUCCGGAGGCAUAUAAAAAAUUCUGGAGGGAGUGGAGAGUGACAAAGAUAGAACCAACUGCAGUGCAUUAUGUCCGGAAGGAGGGUAAAUUUGAAAGAGAUUAGACGACUGCAGUCGUCUGGCCGGUACAGAACAUCUCUCUGCCCUUUCGCUACCCGAAGGAAUUCGAUGAUGGUAUCUGGGGAGGGAAGAUGGUCGUGCAGGGCUAUCAGAAGCGGAAUCCAAUGAAGCAGAAGAUACCGCACUUCUGGAUACCCAUGCUGAAGAGGUCAAUAGUGAAGUCCUGAAUAUCUAUGUCUGUCGUAGUGACCAAUCGAACGCUGGAUCUCAUCCAUUCGAGUCAUGGCUUCGAUCAUUACCUCCUGAAGACUCUAGCCUGCGACCUGCGAUAGAAUCUCGCCUUGGCCAUCAAGAGGAAACUCCUCCAUGAACUUCAGGCCGGCUGUCCCAGUCUCACCAACAAUUCCAACCGACAGAAAGAAAUCCUGGAUGAAUGUUCACAAUAUCUAGCCCAGUACACUCCCUAAGAGAUCGAAUGGUACGGUCUGACGUUCACCCAAGCCAUACAGAAACUAAAAGUCCAUUGACGAUGCCAUCGUGACCCACAAAGUCCUCUUCCGUGGAAGCUCAUCGAGCGGCUCAAGGCAGCGGAGGAGAAAAUAGCCGAGAAGAGCGAGGGAUCCAGCAUCUCCUGGAGAGCACUUCCUGGCUCACACGGGUCAAUCCCUUCGGAAAGAAGAGGGAAACUUGAAAUGGUUACCAGCGAAAUAUGAAGCUGCAGCCCAACCGGGGUUUUUCAAGGAUUCAUCUGAGUUCGUGUAAAUGUAAAUGGAUGAGAUGUCAGUGUUAUUGAAGAUUCUUCCAACCUUCUCAUGCUGUCCUAGGAUGAUUCUCAUCUGACCGGAUUUGCAGUAUGAAUCUUAAUUUCCGGAAAUUUUCGAGAUUGUUGAGGCAGGGAUUACAACCAUGAGAGACUUCUAUGAUAGUUACGGAAAAUCAUUCUUCGUAAAAUUGAAUGGAAAUCAAAGAAAAAAAUUGUUUAAUUAAAAGUUUCAAAAGCGGAGUUCUACUGCCUCAGAUACCAACAAAAAUCUUAAUUCUGGACUACGACGCCAGGGAAUGCAAGCUGAAGUAGAUGUGUACACGUCUUAGAGCUUUUGCUAGACUACUGAUGAUUUGGAGCAAAGACAUGGAAUCGAUGGGAUAUGAUGGAAGAGUAACAGAGUCAUCAAUGGCAAGCAUUGGAUAGAGGCUGGACGACGGGAAGUAUUACUGGUACCUAUUCAGCACUGCUAUUGCAAUCAUAUGAGUGGGUGACCUUUUAAGGACAUUGAAAUCACAGUUACAUGUAAGUUGUAAGCAAUAAAAUGCGUAUGAACAAA